GUGGACCUCAGCCAGCCAUCAGUCUUCAAUGUCUCUCUCUGUGUGGGUCGACAAGACACUCAGUUACAGUAGCCAGCGAGACGGACCUGGGCACUCCAUGCAGGUAGGGUCGUAUAGCCUGCGUAAUGCAGUCGCCGUCACACACGCACGGAGAGAGCGAUGCCCCCAGCAAGUCAAUCAUGAAGAUCACGCUAUUCUGGGACCUGAACAGAAAAGCAAUGGUAGAAUUCCUUGGGUUCCCCUCAUCCUGUUGACUCCGAGCUCAUACAACAAAUCUCUAACCAGAACGCUAAACGAUGGAAAUCUCCAAGGACACAGCGGCACAGCUGCCAAAGCCCUUCUACGUACUGAGUCAAGCCCUGAACCUCACGAACAAGGACCACGCAAAAUGGUGGUAUAGCACCGCUCCAAUGUUUGCCACCAUGAUGGCCGGGUCCGGAUAUGACGUUCACGCACAGUACAAGUUCCUCUGCAUCCACCGCGAGGUCAUCAUCCCAGCGUUAGGUCCGUACCCCGAAAAGGGUCAGCAAAUGCACUGGAAGAGCCAUCUCACACGCUUCGGACUUCCUUUUGAGCUGAGUUUCAAUUACUCCAAAUCACUACUACGGUUCGCCUUCGAGCCCCUGGGUCCCGUAACUGGAACACAGGAUGAUCCGUUCAACACCCAAGCCAUCAGGCCUGUUCUCCAGGACCUCAAGGCCAUAGUUCCCGGUGUUGACCUGGAAUGGUUUGACCAUUUUACCAACGCACUGGUCGUUUCGGACGAGGACAUUCAGACUCUGCGCGAUGCAAAUACGGAAAUCCCUGUCUUCAAGACACAGAACAAGCUGGCAGCCGAUCUGGAGCCAUCUGGCCAUAUUGUCUUGAAGACCUACAUCUACCCGCGGAUUAAGUCGAUCGCGACCGGGACAUCGAAAGAGAUGCUCAUGUUUGACGCGAUCAAGGCUGCCGAUAAAAGUGGUAGAGUUGCCGCCCCACUGGCAGUCCUCCAGGAGUUUAUGGCUGAGCGAGCGCCUACCCUCAUCGGCCACUUUCUGUCCUGUGAUUUGGUUAAGCCAUCCGAGUCCCGGAUCAAAGUCUAUUGUAUGGAACGCCAGCUGAACCUGGCCUCCAUUGAAGGAAUCUGGACGAUGAACGGGCGACGGAGCGAUCCAGAGACCCUGGAUGGCCUGAAUGCGCUGAGGGAGCUGUGGCAGCUAUUGCCUAUCACAGAGGGUCUGUGUCCACUGCCAAACUGCUUUUACGAGCCUGGUACCUCACCGCAGGAACAGCUACCCUUCAUCAUCAACUUUACCUUGUCGCCUAAAAGCCCCCUUCCCGAGCCACAGAUCUAUUUCCCUGCUUUUGGGCAGAAUGACGGUGCUAUUGCGGAAGGACUGGCCACUUUCUUUGACAGAAGAGGGUGGGGUGGCUUGGCUAAAAGCUAUCCAUCGGAUUUGGCAUCGUACUAUCCGGAUGUCGACCUACAUACCUCAAACCACCUACAGGCGUGGGUCUCCUUCUCUUACAAAGGAAACAAGCCGUAUAUGAGUGUCUACCUUCAUACCUUCGAGGCUUGCAACGCUACUACCAAGGAUAUGACAAUGUGUCGCGAGGAUCAGAGUCAUUAAGGACAGUUUAACUAUUCGUUCACCUGCAUCCAUCAGCUCUGUUGAUUCAUUUCAUUCCGGAUCCUCGUAGUCGCAGAUCAUUUCCUUAUCCUAGCCAAGAGUGUUGCAGAUCCAGGGAGAAGUUUGGUCUGUGUCGCUUAGAACAAGAAAAUCUUUAAUUUUUUCUCUCUGUCCCCACCUAUUUGCUCUGCGUAGGAGCAGUAAUCCCAACCUCCCUUGUUGCCCCGUUCCAGUGGUACGAAGUACCAAGGGAUCUACAAACUGUAUUCGAGAGAGUUUAACCAUGGUCACUUUUGUACCCCUUAGA